AGAUCAUAUGAAGCUGGUGAGGAUAUAGAAGCUGGAACUGUAGCUGCUCAGGAGAUUCCAGACUUUGUCCAGAUGGAUACACCAGCCCUAACUCUGCAGGAUGUGAUUGGACUAGAGAGACUAAAAGACUGCCUGAAGGAAUGCUUAAUUCUGCCUGUGAAAUUUCCUCAACUCUUCCAAGGGAGCAGAAGGCCUCAUCAUCGUGGUAUCAUGCUGUAUGGGGCCCCAGGGGUGGGGAAAACUAUGUUAUCUAGGGCUCUUGCCGGUGAGUUGGCAGGAGUGACCGUGCUUAGAGCAAGUGUCUAUGACUUCACAUCUAAAUACAUGGUUGAUGGAGACCGGCGGCUGAGGGAAUUGUUUUCAUAUGCCAAGGAGCAUGCCCCUAGCAUACUGAUUUUCGAUGACAUUGAGGGCCUUUUUCAACGUGACAGUGAAACUUGCAGAAGACUGUUGACAGAAUGGAUGGUGCAGUUUACUGGUCUCACUGGUCUGACCUUUGUCCUGGCCUUGACCUUGUCUCCGUGGGAAAUUGAUGCUGCUAUUCGGAAAAGGUUUUCAAAGCGUAUUUAUGUGCCGAUGCCUGACAUCGCCGCCCGAGCUGAGAUGUUCAGAAGCUUCCUGUCUCCUCCCCACCUCACAGCUGAGACCUGCCCUGAGUUGACCACAGAAGACUACGACGAACUAGCCCACAAAACACACGGGUUCAGUGCUGCUGAUAUUUCUGUGGUAACCAGAGAUACAAUGAUGGCCCCAAUCAGAGAACUGCAGACGGCAAAGUACUUCAGAAAGAUUGUCAGUGAAGGGAGUGCAGGGGAAGCGGCAGGGAAGUUUAUACCUUGUUGUCAUGACGAUGAGGGUGCAGUGCAGAAAAAUGUACUUGACUUAUCAGAGAAGGAAGUCGUCAUACGACGCAUCACGAAGGAUGAUAUACUACAGGCUCUUGAAUCUGUGAAGCCAUCUGUGAGUGAGGAGGAUUUGGCCAAGUUUUCACAGUUCACUGAGGACUUUGGAUCUUUGCCAUGAAGCCAAGAGUUCAUCCAGCACAUUAAUGUGUUGGACACUGAAUUAAGAUAUUUAACAAAAAUUGCUAUGAUGGAAUUACUGAAUCUAUUGCCGUAGAUUGACUUUAUGUACAUGGUUAGAUUUAUGUAUUAUGUUACCUGCAGUAUAUUUUAUACAUUUGUGUUUUUUUUAUUGUUCUUUUAUGUCAGAAAGUGAAAGCCAUAUGGUACAGAUGUAAGACAUUCCUUUUUCCCAUUGUGAUAUCCUUGUACAGAAUGAAGGCAGAAGUUCCAGACCUGGUCUUUAUGUUAUAAAAUUCUUUAAAAAUAAUAAGGAACAGCUAUUGGUAACUGUUACUUACAGUACUCUAAGCUGGUUUAUGGGGCGCAGAUCAGAGUAUUCUUCUUUGUCGUGGCGGCCAAUUGUGAUUAGGUACCGUUCAUAAAGUAUGAGUGUGCACAAUGUGUAAAAAGAUGGAGAGGGGUUCUCUGAUAGGUAUACAAAGCAAAAAUGUGAAAUGAUGUGAAAGUAAUUAAGAUUGUGUGACUAUCAGCAUUGAAUUAACCAGCAACAUAUAAAAGACACACAAGUAUAUGUCUUGAUGAUGCUUGUCAGUGGGCCACAUCAUCAGAAUGUGGUCGCUGAAUGGUUUCUGCUUUAUUUGUAACUAAUAAAAUUUGUUGUCUCAUCUGGGCAUCGCUUAGGGCAAUCAAAGAGCACAAUUAAAUACUCAAAUGGUGAUCUUAUGCAAAAGCAGACACGGAAUUCCCGUUUGCUGUCUAGGUCACACUGGUCCAUUUAAUAUGGACACAGAUUUAGAACAUCUCCGUAAAAUAUCAUAAAUAUUCUGUAAGACCCAGUCUGAUCAAAGAGCAUUAUUGUCACAGUCGUAUACAUUUUGUGGAGGACUUGGUUUUGCAUACAGCAUACAACUUAUGGAUGACUGCUUAUGAGUACUGCCUAUUAGAGUGUGAUAGUUUUUAGGUAAUUACAUGUAUACCUCUUACUGUUUACAAUGCCUAAUAAUGUUUCAAAUCUCCAUUAUUUACUACUUUUUUAGCAGAAAAUGAAUUUACAUUAAGUAUGUUUGUCCUGACAAUAUUUUUUUACAUUUUAAAAAUAAUAAUAUAAUUUAGAGUUUUGUAUAUUGGUGUCAGUCUCAGGGUGAAUUUAUGACAUAGCAUUCUUAAGUUUAUAGCGAAUUUCCAAGGAAACUCUCACAGUAGGUGUCUUAUUAAGGUUACCGUAGCACAGUUAAAAGUUUUACCCAAGAUUUCAAACAGAAUUCUGGCCAUAAUAAGGUUGAAAUAUUGCCAGCAUUAAGCCGUAAUCAUUUGUUCAUUCCAGCAGCAAGAGUGUCGGAGAGUUUUGGAGAAAUAGCGCUCAUGCUUUGCUGGAUUUUUUAUAUGUUGUAGAGAAACUGCACUUUCAGAAGCACAGAAAAGAGUGAAAAUGAUACUUUGGAUGCAAACAAUCUAGUUUUUCUAAUAAGGAAUUAAUCAAACUUCUCAAGAGCAUCUUUAAGUGACCUUAUAAG